AGCUGCACCAUCGCUGAAUUUGGUUAGGUCUUGGGUUUUCAGCUACGAGGCAUCGCGAUCACAGGCGAUCAAUACCUACUCUUUCGGAUGGGGCUUCCAAAGUGAAACAUUACACAGUCAGAGACCAAUCUUCUUUUAACUACAAGCUGCUGGCAAACUGUGAGAAAAGCACUGGGCGCCGGAGCUCAGCUCAGCCGAGCAAGGUCCCCUUUUCGACACUUACAUAACUGCGAUUUUCCCCGCAGCUUUGCUGUACCCAUCCAUUUCACCUGGUUCCUGCAUCCUCCAAGCUUUGCACGGGCAUGAGCAUUUAUUUGCGACCGUGCUGAAAUUCUAGAUCAACGGCCGCUUGAGGUCAUCGAGUACCUGCGUGGCAAAUCCAAAAUGGCUUCCACAGAAACACCACCGCCAACCCAAGGCGAGCCUCCCGCAGCACCUACUGAGAGUGAGCCUCUGCUCGGACGACCCGGGGACGCGACGCAGAAACCCGACGCCCCGAUGAUCAACAACUUUUUCCUCGGCACGGGCUGGAUCGCCCAAACCGGCGCCGCACUCCUCGUCGGCGUCAUCUGGUCGUCCGUCUUCACCCACGACACCUACAUCCUCGUCUCUCCGCAUCCCCUCCUCCAAUCCCUCGGCGUCUACACCAUCCUGCAGUCCAUCCUAAUCCUCCAGCCCACCACUACCCCAUCCACCAAAUUCCUCGGCCAGCGCGCCCAUUUCUUCAUGCACCUCCUCUCCAUCACCCUCUUCAUCGCCGGCACGACCAUAAUCGAAGUCAACAAGCACACCAACAGCCUGUCCCACCUACACUCCACCCACGCCUGGCUCGGCGCAGCCACCCUGCUCCUCCUGCUCGCACAAUACAUCUUCGGCUUCACCAUGUGGGCGACGCCCGCGGUGUGGGGCGGCGAGGAGGCGGCCAAGGCCGCGUGGAAGUACCACCGGUGGACGGGCUACACGGCGCUGCUGCUGCUGCUGGCGACGGUGGCGUCGGCGGUGGAGACGGAUUAUAAUAAGGGGGUGACCAAGGUGCCGAUGUGGGGGGUGCUGCUGUCCGAGGUGUUGAUUGUGGUGGGUGUGUUUCCGCGGGUGCAUGUGCGGAAGCUGGGGUUGAGGACGGGAGCGUAAGGGGGGAUGGUGGGUUACUUACCCAUGUCGUGAUGAGAGAAAGGGGAGGAUGAGGUUUUGUGGUGGGGUCGGUUUUUGGCUUGUGGGAUCCCCCUGUGUUUGGGUUAAGUUAGGGAAGGGGGUAAUUGAUGUCUCGGGGGUUGGAUUGUUAUACGGU